CUCAACUGCAGAUCAACAACCAAUUCUGGUCAAUCGAUAAGCUUCUUUGAAACUAAGAGAAUGGCGCAAGGGCUACCAGAAUCAGAGGGUGAAGGUAAAACAGGAGAAUGGCAUCCAAAUAAAUUGAUAAACGUAAAGAAUGGAAAACUUCUCUCCGUCUUUCUUGUUGUGCUCAUCGUCUGCUUCCACAUUGCUCGACAUCAGCUAUUUCCUUAUGAUUCUUGCCAAGCUCUAUUACAAGAUGGUCACUAUCAAGGUCCUGGUGCCUGGCAACCAGAAGGAUGUACCAUGCAUCAUUAUUCACUCAAAGAUACGUUAGCAUGUUUUCAAGACAAGAGGAUGAUCAUCAUAGGAGAUUCGCGUAUGAGGCAACUCUUUUUUUCACUUGUGAAAAAACUGACCGUUCAUACUGUUGAAGAGGGGAAAGUACAUUCUGAUAUAUUACACCAUGAGAAGGAUAGAAAUACAGAUAUAGAAUUUUGGUGGCAGCCGGAGCUGAAUGAUUCUACCAUAGAAGUCUACAGGAAGAGAAUAUUGGCUGAAGAGAAAAAGCCUGCUCUUGUUGUUCAUGGACUAGGAACAUGGACCAUCAAACUUAACCAAGGAUCUCCUUCAGCUCUGCAACAGUUCCAAAGAAACCUGACAAAUUUUGCUCCAGUCCUUGCCCAAACAGCCCAACAAACAGAAGUCAUAUGGAUGUUACAAGCACCUGUCCAAGAGGAACUACUAACCCCGGCAAGGAGCAUGAUUACAAACGAGCGAUUACAACAAUACAAUGAUGCUGCAGAGAAAUAUCUGAGUAAUACAGGUGUGGUAUUUUGGAGGACCGCCGUCUUAACAUCAUCUGAAUCCUAUGAGAAUACAAUGGAUGGACUACAUGUAUCAAAUGAAGCCAUUCAAACAGAUGUUCAAAUUCUGUUCAACCGUGUUUGUAAUGCAGUAGUAAACCCGUCAGAUGCUAACUGUUGUUCUAAACCAUCUCCUGGCAUGACAUGGAUACAGAAAGGAACAUUUGGAUUCUUUGUAGCAAACUUCUUUCUUGCCAUAUUCUUCAAAAUCCAGUCCAAUCGUCGACAACGGAUGACCAAAUCCCCUACUCACAAUCAUGUGGAUACCGAAGCGGCCAAUCACAUCAGUUCUAAUGAUGCGACAACCAAUCACGUCACAACCAAUAACGUAACAGGCAAUCAGAUUUCUCCUGCUCCUUCAAACACCAAGGAGAAGACCAAGGAGAAACCACAUUGGGUUGAUACUGCUUACAAUUGCACAAGCUGCCUGGCUAGAUACGGUUUGGUUAUGCUUUAUGUCUACUUGUGUGAUAGGACGGACUUGUUUCCCAAGAAGCAGAAGUAUUACUCAAGCUUUUACUUCUUCUUUUCGCUCUUCUUAGCUUUUGCCAUAUCACUCUUUUUUCAUGAAAAUACAAAGAAGCCAGCCAUCUUAAAUCUUAACCAGACUACAGAAUGGAAAGGAUGGAUGCAGUUAUGUAUCUUGAGCUAUCACUAUCUAGGUGCUAGUAAGGUAGUUCCUAUUUAUAUGCAUCUUCGUUUGAUUGUUGCGUCGUACCUCUUCAUGACGGCGUAUGGUCAAUUCUGUGCCUCCUGGGAUAAAAACAAGUUCGGUCUUGCGAGAGUCUGUAACGUAAUAUUCCGUAUGAAUCUGAUGGUAUUCUUCCUCUGUCUUGUGAUGAAUAGACAGUAUCAGCUCUAUUACUUUGUCCCUCUGGUCAGCUUCUGGUUUCUUGUCAUCUAUGCAACAAUGGCCGUCUUUCCAAGAGUUACAAGACAAACCGCAGAAGAAAACACAAGACAUUAUCUUUAUAUGGGGGCUAAACUUUUGGUGCUAUUCAUCAUCAUCACAUGCCUAUCAUUUUCACAGGUAACGUUUAAUCUGAUGUUUGAAUGGUGGCCUCUGAAUCAACUUUUCUUCUGGCCAGGCACAUCUAUUUAUGAAUGGUGGUUUAGAUGGAAUCUUGAUAAAUAUAUUAUUCCAUAUGGUAUGUUCUUUGGUUACAUUAUGCUAGCUUCAAAAGCUUCUAACUUGGUGGAUGAUAGUCACGGUGGGGACCUCUUUUCUCCAACCAAAACCAUUAUUAUUUACAUCAUAGCGGCAGCAGUCUUUCUACUAUACAGCUUCCAUUUAUACCAGUGUGACAGCAAGCCAGAAUGUAAUAAUAUUCAUAGUUAUAUAAGUUUUAUACCGGUUACGGCCUUUGUAAUACUGCGCAACACCAGUGGUUACUUGCGGAGAAAAUAUAGUGUGUUUGCUGCAUGGUUUGGUGAAAUCUCUCUUGAGCUAUUCAUUUCACAGUAUCACAUCUGGCUGGCCCAGGAUACAAAAACCCUCCUCGUUCUCGUACCUGGUUACCCGACCCUUAACCUCAUCGUCACCUCCUUCAUCUUUGUCUGCGUUGCCUUGGAGAUCAAAGACAUCACGGGGACUCUCACAUUAAUCGCCAUUCCGAACGAACCUAAGAAGCUCUAUGUCCGUCUGGGUCUCUUCGCGCUCUUUCUUGCCUUUCUUCUCGCCUAUACAACUCUUAUAGGGGAAGCAUCGACGUAGUGUGAACAGAGCUGGGAUGUGGUUGUGUAGUAAGAAGUUACUAUCACUUUGUCACAUGCUUCUCCGCUAUGCCAAAAAUAUAUGAAAUAUAAUCAAUAUAUUAUAAUUGCCUUAGUUUCAAUUUGCAAUUCGAUAAUGUCAAAAUAAGUGUAAUUUAGAUAUAUGUAUAUCGAUGUACAUGAUAGUUUUAAUUGAAAUGCUGUUAGCUGUUGUCUUCAAAAAAGUUUUAUCCCACAUUUUUUCAUGUAUUUGUAUACAAAGUUCUUUCAGCUUUACAUGGUAAGCAUUAGUGUGUUCUAGUUAACUUUGAA